AUGGCUUUCGCUUAUGUUAAUGUUAAUCCUGUCUUCUCGAUAUUCCAAGAAAAAAUAUCUUUCUCCUUUUUUCCUUCUUUUUCUUUCCUUUUUUUUAUUGAUCCCUUCUCUUUUCUUUUCUACUUCUUUCUCUUCUUGCUCUCUUUUUUUUUCUAUCUCGUUCCUUCCACAGCCGCCAUUUUUAUCUAUAUUCUCAUCUUUGUCGCUUCCGUCGUCUUCUUUUCACAUAUCCUUUCUACUUUAUAUCAUGACUUUUCCAUGUCGUCUGCUUCUUCGUUCUUUUCUUCUUCUUCUUCUUCUUCUUCUUCUUCUUCUUCUUCUUCUUCUUCUUCUUCUUCCCUAUCACUUUGUCGAUCACGUACAUUUUUCGGCUUCAGCAAUACUUGCAUUUUUAAAGGCCCUUUUCUCUUUCCUCCAUCCAUUUGUAGCGCUUGUUCCUCCAUCCAUUUGUGGCAUUUGUUCCUGUAUCCAUUUGAAGUACAUAGUCCUCCAUCCAUUUGUGGCAUUUGUUCCUGUAUCCAUUUGAAGUACCUAGUCCUCCAUCCAUUUGUUGAACUUCCUCAUCAAUUUAUUUGUGGUUCUCGUUAUUUUAUCCAUUUUUGCUACCUGUGCCUCCAUCCAUUUGUGGCACUUGUUCCUCCAUCUAUUUGUUGCACUUGCUCCUCCAUUCAUUUGCGCUACUUUCAUUUUUCAACUUGUUCCUCCAUCCAUUUGUGGCACUUGUUCCUCCAUCAAUUUCGAGCAAACGUUCCUCCAUCCAUUUGUUGUACUUACUCCCCCAUUGAGUUGGGAUUCUCGUUAUUGCAUCCAUUUUUGCUACUUGUCCUCCAUCCAUUUUGCUACUCGUGCGUCCACCCAUUUGCGGCACUUGUCCCUCCAUCUAUUUAUUACACUUGCUCCUCCAUUCAUUUGAAGUACUAA